AUGUAUUUCAGAAAAACAAAUAUUUUACGCAAGUCUAUAUUAUUAAAAUAUCUUUUGUCAAAGUCAAAGGCAAUUUGAGUAUAUAUAAAAGGUACAUAUGGCAUAUGUUUACAUCAGUAUUCAGAACAUUUAAAAACAAAAGCUUAGAAUUUUUUUAUAGGUGCAUAUACAUUUAUUGUUGACCUUUAUCAGAAGGAUUGCAUUGCAUUUGCUCUACAAUCACGAUGUGUCGAAUUUUAUGUUGUUGCUUUUGCCGCAAGAAGAAAAAGCCGCUAGAUGUGAAAAAGGGUAAAAAGGGAAAGAAAGAUGGAGGCCUUGUUGUUUUGAAGCAGACUAAGCCUAAGAAGAAGCGUCGUGAUGAUGUAGGAGCUGUAUCAAUAGACUCAUGUUGCUGUUGUGGCGGUGGUGAUGGUGGUGGAGAUGGUGGCGGAGACGGUGGUGGUGGAGGCUGUGGUGGUGGUGGGGGAUGUGGUGGUGGUGGUGGAGGCGGUUAAAAUAUGAGGUUUCUGUAGUUCAACAUAUAAUGAUCAUUUCUUGUGUGUCAUAUGUUUAUUUGUUUAAAUAAUUUAUUUAUUUAUGUAAUGUAAGAAUUAUUUUAAGGUGUGAUCCCUUUGUUGGACUGGAAAAUGAAUGAAUCAUAUAUAUUAAUUUUGAUGAAAA